GUGAGGGGAGGGGGACGUGCUACCUCGGCAUCAGUAAGCUAGCUGGCUAGCUAGCUACGUAUUUCACAUCUUUCUCUUUUUCCUCAAAAUGAAUGCUGCCGAACGUCGUUUUGUCAUUGCCUGGAGCAGAUAAACCACAGAAAUGUCCGACCACGGUGACGUAUGCCCUCACCUGGAUUCUAUAGGGGAGGUGACAAAGGAGGAACUUCUGCAAAAGUCCAAGGGGACAUGCCAGUCAUGUGGAGCUGGAGGUCCUAAUCUCUGGGCUUGUCUUCAGAAUGACUGUCCUUAUGUUGGCUGUGGGGAGUCGUACUCGGAUCACAGCACCUUGCAUGCACAGGCUAAAAAGCACAACCUGACCGUCAACCUGACCACCUUCAGGAUCUGGUGCUAUGUCUGCGAGAGGGAGGUGUUCCUGGAGCAGAGGCCUGUUGUGCCUGUCUCUGCCAACCACCACUGCAAGCCCCUUGAGCAGGAGGCGGUGCCUCAGACAGGAAGUCAUCCCCUAAAGGCAGUACCGAUUGCGGUGGCGGAUGAAGAGGAGUCCGAGUCUGAGGAUGACGAGCUAAAACCACGAGGGCUUACAGGGAUGAAGAACAUAGGCAACUCCUGCUACAUGAACGCUGCCCUCCAAGCUCUGUCUAACUGCCCUCCGCUGACCCAGUUCUUCCUAGACUGUGGUGGAUUGGUCCGGACCGACAAGAAGCCUGCUCUGUGUAAAAGCUACCAGAAACUUAUCUCUGAACUCUGGCACAAGAAACGGCCCAGUUAUGUUGUCCCCACCAGUCUGUCCCACGGAAUCAAGCUGGUGAACCCCAUGUUCCGAGGCUACGCGCAGCAGGACACCCAGGAGUUCUUGCGCUGCCUGAUGGACCAGCUCCACGAGGAGCUGAAGGAGCCAGUGUCUGAGUGUGGAGUGGGGGGCGACGGAGGCGAGGUGGAUGAGCGGCGGGAUGGAGACCGCAGCCCCUCUGAGGAUGAGUUCCUGUCCUGUGACUCAGGCUCCAGCAGUGACCGGGGCGAGGGGGCCGAGGGGAGGGGCCCCGGCGAGGCUGAGCUCCUCAUCCAGGACGAAUGUGGGGGCCGGGGAGGCGCCAGCAUGGGGAUUUCCGAGAAGGAGCGCCUGAAGGAGAGGAGGGUGUCAGGGUCGCCCCUCCAUGGCGGGUCGCAGGAAAUGGAUGAGGACGCCGAUGUGGACACCGCGGCGGAGGAAGGGGGCCCCCCCCGGGGUGCGGAGGAGGAGGGGCUGCCCUCAAAUGCUGCGCACAGCCAGUGCCAGAGCCGCUGUGCUCCAGAACCUGACAAUGAGGCCUCCAUGCACUGCAACUCGUCUCGUCCCUGCAGUCCCACGCACAGUCUUCAGGAGCUGCACCCCAAACUGUCAGGCAGCCCUCCCCGCUCCAGCCCCAUGAGGGUCACGGGGGUGGCCUACUCCCUCAAGAAAGCCCAGCUACUCCUGGGUGCCAAAAAGAAGAAGCAGGCACGUUUCCGCAGCGUGAUCUCGGAUAUCUUUGAUGGCUCCAUCCUGAGCCUGGUGCAGUGCCUGACCUGCGACAGGGUGUCUACCACGGUGGAGACAUUCCAGGACCUGUCCCUGCCCAUCCCAGGGAAGGAGGACCUGGCCAAGCUGCACUCCUCCAUCCACCAGAACCUCCCAGUCAAGGCUGGGGCCUGUACUGACAGCUAUGCCUCCCAGGGCUGGAUCUCCUACAUCAUGGACUCCAUCCGCAGGUUUGUGGUGUCCUGUAUCCCCAGCUGGUUUUGGGGUCCCGUGGUCACGUUGGAGGACUGCCUGGCUGCCUUCUUUGCUGCCGAUGAGCUGAAAGGUGACAACAUGUAUAGCUGUGAAAGAUGUAAAAAAUUGAGAAAUGGUGUUAAAUAUUGUAAGGUUCUUCGCCUGCCAGAAAUUUUGUGUAUUCACCUGAAACGCUUUAGGCAUGAAGUGAUGUACUCCUUCAAGAUCAAUAGCCAUGUGUCAUUUCCAUUGGAGGGGCUUGACCUCCGACCUUUCCUGGCCAAGGAGAGCCCCUCUCAAAUCACCACUUAUGACCUACUUUCAGUGAUUUGUCACCAUGGUACUGCUGGGAGUGGACACUACAUUGCCUACUGCCAGAAUGUAAUCAAUGGUCAGUGGUAUGAGUUUGAUGACCAGUACGUCACAGAGGUACACGAGACGGUGGUGCAGAACUCAGAGGCUUAUGUUCUCUUCUACAGGAAGAGCAGCGAGGAGGCGGUCAGGGAGAGGCAGAAGGUGGUGGCGCUGGCCAACCUAAAGGAGCCUAGCCUCCUGCAGUUCUACAUCUCGCGCGAGUGGCUGAACAAGUUCAACACCUUCACAGAGCCCGGCCCCAUCACCAACCACACCUUCCUGUGUCAACAUGGAGGGAUCCCUCCCAACAAGUACCACUACAUUGAUGACCUGGUAGUGAUUCUGCCUCAGAACGUUUGGGAGUACCUUUACAACAGCUUUGGAGGAGGUCCGGCUGUGAAUCACCUGUACGUGUGUGCCAUCUGCCAGGUGGAAAUCGAAGCCCUGGCCAAGCGCAGGAAGGUGGAGAUUGACACCUUCAUCAAGCUGAACAAAGAGUUCCAGGCAGAGGAGGCUCCGACAGUCAUUCUGUGCAUCAGCAUGCAGUGGUUCCGCGAGUGGGAGAGCUUUGUCAAGGGCAAGGACAAUGAACCUCCUGGUCCAAUAGACAACAGCAAGAUCGGGGUGAUGAAAGGAGGGCACAUUCAGCUCAAACAGGGGGCAGACUACGGCCAGAUCUCUGAGGAGACGUGGCAGUACCUGCUCAGCAUUUACGGCGGCGGUCCUGAGAUUGCCGUGCGGCAGACGGUGGCGCCGGCCGACACCGACAGCCUUCAUGGGGAGCGCAAGAUUGAGGCGGAGACCAGGGCGCUCUGAGCACCCCCUCCCCGGCUGCUCUGGGGAGAGAGAGCGACAGGAGACGAGUUGUCUGAACCCCCAACCAGAGCAAAAGUGGCACUGACUUUGCACCUUGGUGAAACCAUGUUGUGAGCACUUUGUAAUGUAGCAGUGUGUCAUUUUAUUACCAGUAAAAGAAGACAUAGUAAUAAUUAUAAUAGCAGAGUAGAGGUAUUAUUUAUUGAAUUAAAAAAACUCUUGGCAACCCUCUGCUCAGUGGUGGAGGUUGAGGGUUAUGGCUGCUGUUGUAGAUGUGUACUAUUUUAAUGGUGUAAUGGCAGGAUGUCUGCUCUAACCAGCGCUGGGGCUGCACAGACCACAUGGCUUGGGGUUGGGUGUGGGAGGGGUAAAGUAAGCAUUAGGUGCUGCUUGACAACCGUAUCACUUGUAUAUAAAUCCUUUCCUUUGCAAGCAUGGCUUCAAGCACAAACAGAAGUCCAUCUGGAAGGGAGUGCUGGUUUGUGUCUGACUGUCUCUUUAGUGGUCAGCGUUGCACGAUACGUUUCUUGGCACCAGUUUGUCGCUUCUGAGCUGUGUAACGUGUUGCUGUGCUUUUGUUGCUGCACCAUUUGCUAGGAGAACAGGGUAGAACCACUUGACCGGAGACAGAUCAGGAGGCAAGCAAGAGGGGGUGGCGUAGUCACCCACAGAAGUCACAUGAUUAAGCUUCUCUCUGACCUAGUCUUGGCCAGCUGGUGCAGUCUCACCCCAGCAAGUACACGCGAGUGAUGUCACAUCAUUAGUCACCUACCCCCAACGCAGCAGCUUCCCGAGUUGUGCAACUUUGGUGCAUGGAAGUACAGCUUCCGCACAGUUGUGCAAGGGCAGCGUAUUUCUGCUGUAAUCUCCGGCAUUGCCUCAUGCAUGAAAGCAAAUGUUUUGUAUCUGACGAGAUGCAGGUCAUAACUCGCAAUAUGUGUGUAAAGGUAUAAGAAGCAUUAUGAGGGGCAUAUACUGAAGAGUUUUACGAACUAGUCUAUGAUGCUGUGUGUCUUCACAAACCUCUCUGCAGGCACUUUGCUUUAAUUAAGUACUCACAGUUCCCUAGUGCAAGAGGUGUCCACUGGCCAUUUAGGUGUUUUCAACUGGAAAUGUAGUAAGGUCCCAGGACCAUGUCAGUCACUUGCACACGUCAUGUCCCGGUUUGAGUGUUUGUCUGUCAAAAACCUGGCAGGCUAAACUCUGUGAUACAAGAGACUUCAAUAUUCUUACUGUCUUCAGGGGCCAAUUUCACCAAACUCAUUAUUUAUUAGAGAGUCUGGUCACAUUAUUAAGUUACAGGAGAGAUCCCGCUGGCAGCAGUGACUCAGCUAAAAGUCAGAGUUAUGGAAACGGACUCACCUGGGCCAAAACCGCAGACCUGCUUCCAGUUUGGUUUUGAUCUCACACACUUUAACAUUGCAGCUGAAAUAAAGGUCAGUGCCCCUUAGCUAUAUAGCCAUUAGCUAAGAUACUCUUAGUGUAGAGUGGCCUUUUGAUUUACAUAAAGAGUAAAUAUAGUUUGUGACAAAGAUUUCUAUUAUGAUGAGACCUGACUAAAUCCAAAAUGUGUGUAUGCGUGUGUAUGUAAGAGAGAGAGAGAGAGAAGAGAGGGCGAGAGAGUGAAGGUAGCUGAGAUUGAAAGGCUCAGUAAAAUGCACUAGAAGUGCUAUUCUGGGAUUAACCAUUUUACUGCGGGAGAGAAAUAACACAGAUAAAUCAGAUUUUAUGUCCCCUUUAAUUUCCUAGUGGCUUGGACUGAAGCCUUUUAACAGAUACGGAGCAGAAACUUGGCCAUCACAUAGAGUUCAUGCUCUCUCUUAACUGUCUCUCAGCUUUGCUGUCUUUCUGUUCUGUCUCUGUCGGUAUUUAUUUGUGCCUGUGCUGUCAAACCUACAUUGCUGGAAAACCAAUGAAGAAACACACUUGUAGCUUUUACCACGGUGAAGAAUCAUUGGAGCUCUGCCACUGUCUUUUGAAAUGCUUCAAUACGCUGACUAGGCACACCAGUUAUUUUUUCCUAGUCCUGAGAAGAAUUGAAAUGUCUAUUAGAACAUAUUUGCUAUUGAGAUAAGUGACAGUGCCCUCUUCUGGAGAUGGAAAAUUGUCUUUUAUGGCUACCUGUGGGAAGCACCUAUCUGCCUGCAGAGUGUCCACCCAAAGCCAACAAGAUUUUUAUGAGUUUUGAAGGUCCUGCCCAGGUCAUGGUUGAGAAAAUAGUCCUUUUAAUAAAUGCUUUUCCAGGAGGUGUACAAUGAACUUAUAGCGUGAAUGAAUCUCAAUAGCUCCACCUGAAACUAUCUGACAGCUGUUUAUAAUGAAGGCUUUCUUUCAGUGAAUGUUACUGGAUAUCUAGCAGCAACAUUGCAGUGGAGGUGUCAUGGGGGGACAUUUAGAUUCAGCGUUUAGAGAAUUGGGCAUCAUAAUAAGAGGCACCUCCAUACAGUGUUAAGUGUCUUUAAUGCUUAGAUGAACCAGCUUUGACUUUCUACUGCAUUAUUUGGAAGAACUCAUAGUUUCGUCACAUUAUAUGAGCAAGAGUUAUGGAAAUUGCAAUGGUUGACAAAAAUGUGGCUUUAACCAUGGGAUUGAACUACCCGCUCAUGAUAGAAUUGGUCACUCCUUCAGUGCAGUGCAUAUGGAAUAUGGUGUUAUAUAUUGUAAAUUAGUCAUACAGUUCACCAAUAACAUAAUUGUAGAAAUGAAUACCAGUGUUGUAAGAGUACAUUGGAGUUGAUUCAGUUGAUUCAGUGAGUGUUUAAAAACCAGGAUGCCUGUGUUUUGGAGGCUGGUUUAAACUGAUGUUUCUUGGGUGAACCCAGUUUUAAGCCUGUUUUUUUCUGUGUUGUAUCCCUUACUGUCAUUUGAUUCUUCUCAACAGCCUAAAUGUUGUGUUUGGCAUCUGUGCCAUUGAAUUUAAAAACGGGUGCCUGUAGGAAAGCAACAUUUAUAUUGUAUUCACACAUUGUUUCCUCCUAUAAAAUAUGAUAUGAAUAUUUUUUUCAUCAAAAUGGCCUUUCUGUAGAUGAUUGUUAAGUCACACUGAACUGUGCUAGGAAAUGAACGUGCUGUGUUGAUGAACUUGCUGCAUGUUGCUGUAACAUGUGUGUUUGGAUAGAUGCAGAAUUGUUUGUUAGGGUUCCAAACAGUGCUUCUCUAUAU